AUGUCAAAUUGCAGGUACUUAAUUAAUUCAUGCAUUCAAAACCAGACCUUUGGCAUUCUUGAUUUUAGAACAAAACAGUCCAGCAAGACCAGAAGCUAUUAUGUAAGAUGUCAAAAUAGUUUUGAGCAGACCUUAGAUGGAGAGAAUGGUGGCAAUAGGAAGCUUAAAAUCCUCAUUGCAGGUGGGGGUAUUGGGGGGCUAGUUUUGGCACUAGCAGCGAAACAUAAAGGGUUUGAAGUACAGGUCUUUGAGAAGGACUUGAGUGCAGUGAGAGGGGAGGGACAACACCGUGGACCGAUUCAGCUUGUGAGUAGUGCUUUGGCGGUCCUGGAAGCCAUUGACGAGAAUGUUGCAAAACAAAUCAAGGAAGCAGGUUGUGUUACUGGCAAUAGGACCACUGGCUAUACAGACGGUCUUUCAGGUGAAUGGAUUACCAAGUUUGAUCUUUCAUCUCCAGCUGUAAGUAGGGGGCUUCCUCUCACUCUAGUAAUAUGCAGGACGGCACUGCAAGAUAUCUUACUCAAUGCUGUUGGGUUGGACAUUGUGAGAAAUAAAUCUAAAGUGGUGGACUUCCUUGAAGACCCUAGCAAGGUCACUGUGAUCCUUGAAGAUGGCCAGCAAUAUGAUGGUGAUGUUUUAAUAGGAGCUGAUGGAAUAUGGUCAAAGGUGCGCGCAAAAUUAUUUGGGGAACGGGAAGCAAAAUAUUCAACUUACACAUCCUACAGUGGAGUGACAAACUUUGUGCCACCAUAUAUUGAUAGUGUUGCUGCUUUGUUGCAACAGAUGUUGGGAAUGGAAAGAUACAAUGGUAAAAAGAAGAGGCUCCUCGAGAAAUUUGGUAACUGGUGUCCUGAAGUGGUUACACUAAUUCGAAAAACACCAGAGUCCAUGAUUUUACGGAGAGAUAUCUAUGAUAGAGACAUGAUGUACACCUGGGGAGCCGGGCGUGUUACUCUGCUAGGUGAUGCUGCUCAUCCAAUGCAGCCGAAUCUUGGCCAAGGGGGUUGCAUGGCAAUUGAGGACUGUUACCAACUUAUACAUGAGCUUGUUCAAGCUUCCGAAAGUGACUCAGAUGUUCAAAUAUCGGAAGAAAUUGUCCUAGCACUAAGAAGGUAG